CGUCGUCCACGGACGCCUCGCCAUUCAGUCCCGAGUUCAUCAUCAGCCUUAUACUUUUUUCCGAGGGUAGAGGACAUGGCGGCAGCGGAGGCGGCGGCGGGGAAGACGGUGAUGGUGGUGGGGAUCGACGACAGCGAGCACAGCUUCUACGCGCUCCAGUGGACACUUCUCCACUUCUUCUCCGGCCGCGGACUCGACCCGCCCUUCAAGCUCGUCGUCGUCCACGCCAAGCGCUCCGCCCCAUCCGUCAUCGGCCUCGCCGGACCUGGUGGUGUUGAUGUGCUGCCGUAUGUGGAGUCGGAUCUGAAGAGGAUUGCUGCGAGGGUGAUCGAGAAGGCUAAGGAGCUCUGUACUGCCAACUCGGUGGCUGAUGUUGAAUAUGAAGUGGUGGAAGGAGAUUCAAGGAACGUUCUUUGUGAGGCAGUAGAGAAACAUCAUGCAGACAUGUUGGUGGUGGGUAGCCAUGGCUAUGGAGCUAUAAAAAGGACUGUUUUGGGAAGCGUGAGCGAUUAUUGUGCUCAUCAUGCACAUUGUAGUGUGAUGAUAGUGAAAAAGCCCAAGCCAAAGCAUUGAUUAAUCUGAUUGAAAGAUACAAGGAAAACAAAAAAGUCUUCCACUUGUUCUGAAUAUGUUUUUACACAAUAACGCAUUGACAAUCGAAAGUCCUUCGUAUGUCUUUAUCUCAGCAAGCAUUUUAUGAACUUUCUGUAAGGUUCAGAGUAUAUGUUGUGAGUAAAUACAUAUUGAUGAUGUGAAAUAAUGCAGUUAUUCUGAAUAAUCAUCACAAAGGUGUGAAAUAUAUUUUGUGAAAUAAUGUUUGUUUUGUGGAUUUUGCUUAA